AGAGAUGUGGUACUACUGAAAGAGGUCUGGACGACUUGAUUUUUGUAGGCGGUUCAGACAGGGCUUUCGCCGGGCUGUUCAGUCAGUGAUACAAAACAGACCCUGUUCUCUUCAGUGUCACGCCUCGUGUCACCCACCGUGUUAGAGUAUUUCCAUGCUUGAUUGCCUGCGUCUGAGAUCCCGUCUACACAGAUAAGCAACAUCUUGUUUUUUGUUUUGCCACCUAUAUGUAUGUGCUUAUUCCGUCAAUAUGCAUCCUGCUUCAACAGUGGAAUAUAUUUAAUAUGGACUCUCCUAGUUGUGGUUGGAAUUGGAUCUGUUUACUUUCAUGCCACUCUGAGUUUCCUGGGUCAGAUGCUGGAUGAGCUGGCUAUCCUCUGGGUUCUGAUGUGUGCUCUUGCCAUGUGGUUCCCUAGGAGAUACCUGCCAAGAGUUUUUCGAAAUGAUAGGAGCCGUUUUAAAGCUGCUGUAGGUGUGCUUUCUGGAAUUACUACCUGCCUUGCCUUCAUCAAGCCUGCUAUCAACAACAUCUCGCUAAUGACUUUGGGUGUUCCGUGUACAGCUUUGCUCAUUGCUGAGCUGAAGAGGUGUGAAAACCUGCGUGUAUACAAACUGGGUCUCUUCUCAGGACUUUGGUGGAUGCUAGCACUUUUCUGCUGGAUCAGCGACAAAGCAUUUUGUGAGAUCUGGUCCUCAUUUAACUUCCCUUAUUUGCACUGUGUAUGGCACAUCUUGAUUUGCCUUGCGGCUUACCUAGGCUGCGUCUGUUUUGCUUACUUCGAUGCUGCCUCUGAGAUCCCUGAGCAGGGCCCUGUGAUAAAGUUCUGGCCCAGUGAGAGAUGGGCAUUCAUUGGCGUUCCAUAUGUCACUCUUCUCUGCGCACAUAAGAAGUCACCUGUGAAGAUCACAUGAAGUCAGCCAUGGAAUGGGAUGGAUUUUCAACUUACAUUCUAGCACAGACAGUACUUAAUUAAGGACAAAUGAAUAAGGCUGUAUUUUAUCUUCUUCCUAAGAUACACAGCAAUCCCAUGUGUCAUAGUAACAGGUGGCAGAUGUGUUCUUUCCCCUCUUUCUGGGAAGAGAUGAGAGGAAGCAGAGGGGUGGAGGCUCUUGUACACUGAAGUAAGAACCCUACCUGCUCUGGUUGGCUCUAUUUUGCACUCUGUCUUGAGUGUAACAUUUCUGUCGUUGAAAGCUCUUUCCAAAUAUGAAAGUCAAGGAAGAAUGUUUUCUGUGAUAGGUCACCUCUGGAGCUUGAUUCAUGUAUUUUGUAACUUUGGACUUAAGGCCUUCUUUGUAAAAGAAGCUGUUCAGAGAUGCGUAUAUUCCAUCUCGGUGUUCUUCCCAACUCUUAUUUAGAGUGGUUGCGUAUGGCCACAAGAGUGUGCUCUAAGCUUGUGCUCCAUGGUUGUUUGUUUAGCACAGGGAAGCCAGCUGUGCAUCACACACAUCACAUUGGCUCAUAGAGCGUGUGGUUGUUUCCCCAAGUGCAGCAGGAGACCUCUGCAAAGUGACUAAGUUGCUGGAUGACUGGAUUCAGUGCAGUUAGGCAAUGUAAAUUCAGGAAUAAAUGAUGGAAAAAUCAGGCCCUAAAACUAAAUAUGAAUUCAGGGUUUUUUAAUGUUUCUGUAUUUCUACUGAUUUGUGGACACCUGUACACUGCAUAUUUCUUUCUUAUGAAAGUGUUACAAAAGUCCCUCUCUACCUAUGCAGGCACAUUUGGGCUUGAAUUUGGCCUUGGAAGCUCCCACAGAAGCAUGUACACUAACUUCAGUAAGAGGAUGAGGUCAGCAUAGACUGACAGUGCUAUAAAAACUUAGGUGUCUAGCUGUAUGUCUAAUUAGAGAGUGUAAUUUCUCAUCAGUGCUUUGGAAGGACACAGGAACAAUAGUUUAGUGCUUGAGUAGUACAUUUAGAAAAAAAACAAGGUGAAGACUUAGGUUACGCUAAGGAGCGAAAUGUGGCAUUCGCUCUUGCACUGUUACAAAGGAAUAGUAGAUAAAAAUCUGUUAUUUGUUCUCAGCCUGCUUCGUAAGGAUAAGGGAUAUCUAGAUCUAGUUUAUUUUAAGGUUAUACUUUGGGGUUGAGAUCCAGACAUGGCUGUGAGUCUUACAAGCUGUUUAUGUUAGAUCUGUUUACAAAAUAAUGCAAAGUGCAGGCAUGUUGUUUAAAUGUUAGCAGCUGCAUAUGCUAAUAGCUGCAGUUUAAGGGGAAGCAGUAUCUGCUGUCAUUCUGCCUGCUAUCAGAACUGUAAGGGGGUUAAGGACCUGAACGUGCAGUUUUAGUAAUAAAUGAUGUUUCCUAUUUGAACACAGGACCAGGAAAUACCAUUUGCUUUAUUUUUUGCUAGUAAGCCUCAUACUAUACGUGUUUUUUAUCAAUGUGAAAAUGUUCUGUCUACAAUAGCAUCUUUAGGAAGAUGAUUUUUAACAAGAACUUUGGGGUGAAUUAGCUUUCAAGCAUUGUGAAACCUUUCAGAUAACUUUUCCAUUUGUAUUUAUGCUCAGAAAACAAGAGUUGAGAGAUACACUGUUAUGCUUAAAGCAAAGUUGUUAGUGGGAGAUGUAGCUGUUUUUUUGGUAGGUUCGAAGUGGGUAAGUAGCCUGCUGACUUUUGAAAUGUUUGCAUUUUACAAAGUGACUGUGAGAUCAAAAAAGCAGCCAGAAUUUUUCACUUCAGUGGACCAAUGAAGAUUUAUACCACUGCCGAAGAUUUAUAUGAUAGAAACAUGUUUUUCUGGACACUCACUCACAUAAUUUUUAUAUGGGACUUCUAACAAUUCAUGUAGUAAUAUUUGUUACUCUUUGAAACACAAUCCCCUUUUCCUUUUUCUUCCUCUCUUCCUGAUUAUGGAAUGCUCAGUUUCAAACACUUUUCAGGUAUUAAAAGUCUUAUAAUUAGAUCUUUAUGCAGAUAGGGUUGCUGGCUGGAACCCGGCUAAGAUUGCUGUCACCUGGAAUGGCCCUACUUUGAGUAGAUUUCAUCAACAUUUUUAAUGAAAUAGUUAUGGUAAAUAAGUUAUUUUCAGUAUUGAUUGGGAAGUUAGUAACUGCUGAUACAUCUACUGCUGAAAGUGACUAGAGCCUUCCUACUUAAUAUUUAGCUCUCUGAUUUAAAGGGCUCUAAUGGACCUGCUGUCAACUACUGUCUUCUGCUGUGCAGAGUCUGACUGCUCACAAAAAUGUGAUUUUUGUGGUUUAAAAAGUGGCAGUAAUAUAUUCUACUAUUAAAGAAGUGAAUGAAUGCAUGUACAGACUGAGAAUCAUCUUCUGUAUUUUUUAUUAACUAACCUCUAACCUUUAUAUUUUUAAUAACAGAUUCUGUGAACAAAUUUCACUGUCUGGUAUGCAGAACUCCACUGUAGAACUAAUUGGGGAUAUUCCACUAUAACAGCAGUUACAGUGCAGCUACAGCAUUUUUGGAUGUAGCUAUUGCACUUUAUGUUAAAUUAAUCUUAACUAAGCCCUUCUGCCAAAAGCCACUCAAAAAAAAAAAAAAAAAAAAAAAAAAAAAAAAAGCCUGCAGCUUUUACUAGAUUCACAGCUUCAAGGAUUGUACUUUGGACUAAGACUGCAAUCUAGGAUAACAUGAGCACCCAACAAAGCAUGUAAUUGGCAUACAGGGGUGGUUGUGCACUGCCCUGGUCCUACAGGUGGAUAGACAUGUGGACAAGUAGGCACACUAUACUGGAGUGUAAGUGAUGUAUAGACACUCAUUGAGUUUUAAAAUUGCAGCAUGUUUUCCUACCGUGUUGGCAGGAGGUGACUGGUUCCCCAGUCCUUAGGUUCAGUUAGUAUUUUAGCUUAACUAGCGGAUAGUAUGUGUUGGGUAUAUUCUGUAUAUUGCUGUGACAUCUGUCCAUCCUUCCUUCAGUGUUUUAUAUAUAUUUAAGAAAGGAUCUUCAGCUCCCAGUGAUAGCAAACAUUUACCAACUCACAGUCAGUAAAAAUUAAAUAGUAUGUAAGGUUUUUUUCUCCAUCUCAGUUGAAGUCUGUAUAUUGAAUGUUUGUGGGAAGUAUCUAAUACUUUGCCAUAUUAAACUGCAUUUAGAAUAAA